UACUCCGGAUGCUUCCAGGCUUGCGCGAGGUUCCGUGAACCAGACGCCAUCUCCAUUUCCUCCAUCCGCCGAUACUAACCAAAACUCAGACCCCGCGGGUGAUGUGUCCUCAUCAUAUGCAACAAUCCUAUCGAAUCCAGCAGGCACGAAUCAUGGUGCUCUUGGACUCAGCGUUGCGCCAAGCACAAAUGGAGAAAAGGUCCGGUCCAUGGACAUUGACGAUAUGAUCAGCCGGCUGUUAGACGUAGGCUAUAGCGGGAAGAUUAGUAAGUCGGUGUGUCUUAAGAACACCGAAAUCACCUCCCUUUGCAUGGCUGCCCGGGAGGUGUUCCUGUCACAACCAACCCUAAUUGAACUCAGUCCACCCGUGAAGAUUGUUGGAGAUGUUCAUGGUCAAUACACCGAUUUGAUACGAUUGUUUGAGAUGUGCGGCUUUCCACCGUCAUCGAACUACCUCUUUCUUGGCGACUACGUCGAUCGGGGUAAACAGAGCUUGGAGACUAUCUUGCUGUUGUUAUGCUACAAGGUCAAGUACCCAGAGAAUUUCUUCCUUCUCAGGGGUAAUCAUGAAUGUGCGAACGUCACUCGAGUGUACGGUUUCUACGACGAGUGCAAAAGACGGUGCAACAUCAAGAUUUGGAAAACAUUCAUUGAUGUCUUCAAUUGUCUGCCUAUUGCCGCCGUUGUUGCUUCCAAGAUUUUCUGCGUCCACGGUGGUUUGUCACCAUCUAUGAACUCGCUGGAGGAUAUAAGGCGGAUACAGCGACCAACAGAUGUGCCGGACUAUGGACUGCUGAAUGACUUGUUGUGGUCUGAUCCGAGCGAUACGGCUGCAGACUGGGAGGAGAACGAACGCGGAGUUAGCUAUUGCUUUGGCAAAUCAAUCAUCAAUCAAUUCUUACUGCGGUACGACAUGGACCUCAUCUGUCGAGCGCAUAUGGUCGUCGAAGAUGGGUACGAAUUUUGGAAUGACCGGACGCUUGUUACUGUGUUUAGUGCGCCAAAUUAUUGCGGAGCUCUGGUAGAAUUCGAUAAUUAUGGUGCUUGUAUGAGCGUGUCAGAAGAGUUAUUGUGUGCAUUCGAGCUACUGAAGCCGCUGGAUGACGCUGCUCUACGGAAAGAAAUGACGAAAGCUAAACGGAAGAGUUUAGCGGUGACCCCCGGUUAGAUUAGUUGCCGCCAACGCAUUCAUCCCACGUCACCAGCAUCCACCCCCUUCUGCACCUUCUGAUUGCGUUACAUUCGUCCUUUACACACAUCCAACAUCUUCCAUACGCCGUCGAGGCAUCCCUCACUACCGAAUUUACCCGUCAUGCGGACCUUCGUCCCAGCUGACGUCCAUCGAAUCGAAUCUCAUUUUCAUGGUUUACUCAUGCAAUGAUAUCCUCUUGUUGCUAUAGCUCAUUGGUAUGAACCAUGCCUUCCAUUUUUGUUUGUUUUGUCUUGUCUUGUCUUGUCUUGUCUUGUCCUCUUAUGCGGAUAUCUAUAUAUUGGGCGA